AUGGUGACAAUCGAACAGCGUAAAAGAGUCGGCCAGCUCUUUGCUGUCGGCUUUCACGACACCACCGUCAACAGCGCCAUCACCUCCCUCAUCCAAGACUACCACGUCGGCGCCGUCGUCCUCUUCAAGCGCAACGUGCGCUCCGCCGCGCAGCUCCGCACCCUCUGCCAUGACCUCCAGCAGCUCGCCCGCGACGCCGGCCACGCCCAGCCGCUGCUCCUCGCCAUCGACCAGGAAAACGGGCUCGUCACGCGCAUCGCGCCGCCCGUGGCCGCGCAGCUGCCCGGCCCGAUGGCGCUCGCGGCCACGGGCUCGUUGGACGCCGCCGACGCCGUCGCCGACGCCACCGCCGACAUGCUCCGCCAUUUCGGCAUCAACAUGAACUACGCACCCGUCGCCGACGUCAACUCGGAGCCGCUGAACCCCGUCAUUGGCGUGCGCAGCCCGAGCGACAACCCCCAGACAGUGGCGCGGUUCGCCGCCGCCUGCGCAAAAGGCAUGCGCGGCAGGACCGUCGUCCCCUGCGUGAAGCACUUUCCUGGCCACGGCGACACCGUCACCGACUCGCACUACGGGCUGCCACGCAUCGACAAGAACCGCGAACAACUCGAAGCCACAGAGCUGCUGCCGUUUCGGCAAGCCGUCCGAGAUGGCAUCGAAAUGGUCAUGACGGCGCACAUUGCGUUGCCGCGGAUCACGGGCGACGACACACCGUCCACGCUGUCCCCGCGCGUGCUGCGCAUCCUGCGCGACCAGUUUGACUUUGAUGGCGUGAUUAUAACGGACUGCCUCGAGAUGGACGGCAUACGCGCCACGUACGGCACCGUCGAGGGCGCGCUGAUGGCGCUGCAGGCUGGCGUCGACAGCCUCAUGAUCUGCCACACCUACGAGCUCCAGACGGCUGCGAUUGACCGCGUCUGCGCUGCCCUGGAAACGGGCGAGAUUGAACACACGCGCAUCAACGAGUCUCUCGAGCGCAUCCGCGCGCUCAAGGCCACGUUCACCAACUGGGGCCGCGCGCUCCAGAUACGCACUGACAAAGCGCUCGCGGCCAUCAACGCGCGCGGCGCCGCGCUCGCGCGCAAAGUCUACGCCGACUCGGCCACCGUCGUGCGCGUCCAACCCGGCGUCUUCCCCGUAUCGCCUUCUGCCCGCACCGUGUUCGUCUCCCCCGGACCGGACGUUCCUGUCGGCGGCGGCGGCGCCGUCAACAGCGGCGACGCCGCCGCCGCACAGCCGACGCGCGUGCCGUGGGUGUCGAGCUCGUUUGGCGACGAGAUCCGCGCGCACUGUGCCGCGCUGGAGGAGAUUCGCUACACGCAGCGGCCGCUGAGCGAUGCGCAGUGGGCGCAGAUUGACGAGGCCGACGUGGUGCUCCUCGCGACGCGCAAUGCGCGCGAGGCGCCGUAUCAGCACGCGCUGGGGUUGGAAAUUGCGAGGCGCAGAGGGGAAAGAGUGCUCAUUAGCAUUGCCACGUGUGCGCCGUAUGACUUCUUGGAGGAGCACGCGGUGAGGAAUGUCGUAGUGGUGUAUGAGCCGACCCUGGAGGCGUUUCGGGCGGCGGUUGAUGUUAUUUAUGACGUGGAGACGGCGAAGGGUAAGCUACCGGUUGCUGUGAAGAAGAUAUAG